UUUCCUUUUGGUAAUUAAUUGAAUUUAGUGAUGAGAAAAAGUAAACAACAAUCAUUGAAGAUGAAAAUUAUAACGGUUAAUUUGUAUUCGAUAGUUUUGUUAAUAUCCAUUGUUAAUCUAAUCCAAUGUGAUGGAUGUUUUAAGAAGAAAUUUGAUUUUGAUUCUUUUGUUUGUGUAUGUAAUGAGUUUCAUUGUGAUCCAUUGAUUGAUACGAUUAAUUAUUCUGAUGGAUUAAUUUAUUCAUUUACUAGUGAUAAAGAUGAGCAGCGAUUUAAUCAACGUACCUUUACACCCGACCAACUAUCGGUUAUUGAUCAACAAUCAAUUGUCUUGAACAUUCAUGUUAAUGAUACCAAACAACAGAUCAUUGGUUUUGGUGGUGCUUUUACUGAUGCUUCAGGAAUUAAUAUUAAUUCACUUCCGGCUGAUUUACAAGUUCUAUUGUUGAGAGAUUAUUUUGGUCCAAAAGGAUUAGAAUAUAAUAUUGGUCGAGUUUGUGUCGGUGGAUCUGAUUUCUCUACACAUCCUUAUACUUAUCAAGAUGAUCACCAAGAUUUAGAUUGGUCACACUUUUCAUUGACCACUGAAGAUUUUCAAUACAAAAUUCCUUUGAUUAAAAUGGCCAAUGAACUUUCGGGAGGAUUGAAACUCUUUGGUUCUAUGUGGUCACCACCAUCUUGGAUGAAAUACCAAGAAAGGAUUAAUGGUACUGGAGUGUUAAAAGGAGAUCCUGGUGGACCUUAUUGGAAAGCGAUGGCUACUUAUUUGGUCAAGUUUUUAGAUGAGUAUAAGAAGAAUGGACUUGAGUUCUGGGGACUGACUACUCUUAAUGAGCCGAGUGCUGGUUUUAAGCCAAAUUACAGAUUCAACUCUCUUGGUGUAUCAGCGGAAAUGUUCAGAGAUUGGAUUGCAAAUGACCUUGGUCCAGAAUUGGAAAAAGCUGGUUAUGGAAAAGAUAAACUUAAAUUGAUGAUUGUAGAUGAUAAUAUAUCCUUGGUGUUUUUAUAUGUUACCAGAAUUCUCGGUUCUUCCCAAUCAUCAAAAUAUGUUUCUGGUAUCGCUACUCAUUGGUAUGAAAAUGAAGCAUUUGGUUAUAGUGAUUUUGAACGAGUUCAUGAAAUGUUUCCUGAUUAUUUCAUUCUUCCAACGGAGGCUUGUGUUGAAGGAGAUCCAAACCUUGGGUCUUGGAAUCUUGGUGAGCGAUAUACUUCCGAUAUCAUUGAAACUCUCAAUCAUUGGGGAACUGGUUGGGUUGAUUGGAAUUUAGCUCUCGAUAUGAUCGGUGGUCCUAAUUGGGUUUCCAAUUUCGUCGAUGCUCCGAUUAUCGUUAACUCUCAAGCUCGUGAAUAUUACAGACAACCCACUUACUAUGCUUUAGCUCAUUUUACUAAAUUUCUAAAACCAGGAUCAACCAGAUUAGGUUUCGAUGUGAUCAGAAAAGAUCCAAAUGUUAAAUCAACUGUAUUCAGAAAUAUCGAUGAUCAAAUUGUAAUUGUUUCUCUAAACAAAAAUGAUUAUCCAGUUAAUUUAACAAUUAAUUUCACUCCAUCUCAAACUACUAAUAGUAUUGGUAUAACUCUGGGUCCUAAAUCAAUUGAAACAAUCGUAAUCAAUAAAUAAUGGUCAAAACUAACUUGAUCAAAAUUCUUAAAUAAAUAAACUCAAUUUCUAAUACUUG